AUGCUUGCCGCAGACACGCCCAACGCUUCUUCAUCCUCGUCCCCUCCUCCUCUGCCGCCGACCCUCUCACAGCCUCCGCGUCCGACGGCGUUGCAUAUCCCAAAGAACAGGUCUUCGAGUACCCUAGUAUCCCGCGAUUCGAGUAGUGCUAGUCUAAGGGCAGACGGCGAGCAAUUGUCAAGAGCUAGGCUGUCGAUUGAUGCCGGUAGUGGGAGUGAUGCGUAUGAUAAUCUUACCAGGUCGCCCAUCUUAGGCCCUGAACACUCCACCGGACUACGUCGAAUACGACAAAACCCAGCAGCGCCAGGCCGAACUCCAUCCUCCCCAAAUCUGCAACCCAUAUCACCGGUCCCCUCGAGUCCCGUCUCCCGGAAAUCGUCCUUCGCCCAACCGCUCGCUUCCCCAGCAGUCCCCUUCAGCGAAGACCUCACUCGCUUCCCCUCCGAGUCUUUGCACUCCUUCUCCUUCGCCCAGCAGAGCAGCGACUCCCUCCACAACCGCCAGAAUGUGCUGAAGCGCAGCAUCGAGUUUAUGCGCGACAAGCUCAGCUGGGCUGCGUCUUCACCGCGGAUAGCCAGCGCUCAGGCGAGAUUGGCUGGUGACGAGGAGCUGCUGAGCAUGAUGGAGCUGUUGCAGAAGGCGAAUGUCAUGUCGCCGCAGAGUAUGAAUCCUGCCGUGGGGUUGGGUUUGGAUCCUGGUCCGUUGACGGGGCCGGCUCAUUUGGCGAAUGAGAAUGUUUUUGAAAAGGGGUUCAUGACGGAGAGUGAGAGUCCUACGACGUUGGACAGUCCUGAUACGAUUCGGGGAAGUCAGGGGCGGGGUUCAUUCAACAGCGAGCGUCGUGGGAGUGGUCAACGGGAGUUGAGAGAAGAGGCCCUUUCACCGACGGCGAUGAACUUGCACAUUCCGGCGACUGUCAAGGAAACUGCAGAGAGUCAAGCAACCGAAGAGGUGGAGAAGUUGGAUCUCUCACGAGCUGACACAGCCGAGGACGAUGAUAUGCCAGCCAUGUCAACCACUAGGCCGCGCCGAACCACGUUGAAGAGAACUUAUACCGAUGUUGCCGGCUACUCAUUGCAGCACAAGCUGACUGAAGCUCUCGCUCAACCGUAUCACGCGAAUCAGCAAGCUACGCCUAUGGUGCCACAAGCACCUGCACGAGCACAGACCCUCAUUACUGAGAGAGAACGAGCGCCGCAUGGUCACCGUAACCAACAAGCCCAAGCCAUUUUUACCACGGAGGCCAAACACCCUUGGACUAUUACAGCAGCUAAUGACCUUGCAUGUCUAGUUUUUGGAGUUACUCGUGCUGAGGUACGGAAGUUGGGUAUCAUGGAGGUCAUCAACGAGGACCGACGAGGCUGGCUGGAGGAGAAGCUGAAGAAUCCGGAGAUUGGGAGCGCGGCUCGACAGACGAAGCUGCAGCCUCCUCCUCCGCCUGGUAAGACGAGUCCGAGUAACAGUCUUGCGAGCAUGGGUAACGGCGUGACAGCCAAGUUACUUUCCAAGCCACCGUCUCGCCAGACUUAUAAAAGUCGACGAAGCAAAACGGAGGAUGGUACCAAGACGCCUGAGAAGCGCGAGUCGACCCGUACGAGGCGAGAAAGUAGAGGUGUACUACUCUGCGGUGAUGUGGUCCCUAUCCGCAAGAUGAACGGCUCGACUGGCAGCGCGUCUCUUUGGGUGAAGGAGAAGGGUACUAAUCUAAUCUGGGUACUGGAAGAGAUUGCUGAGGAUGUGGCCAUGCUUACAGUGGAUGAGAUUGGUUUGGUGGUCAGGGGCAGCGGCGACCUCGAAUCGACAUUCGGACUCGACCGAGUACGCAACGGCAUGGACGUGCAGCGGCUAAUACCGGCCUGGCCCAAACUUGCUGGCACAAACACUGGAGCUAUCGACUACGAGGCUAUCCGGAGGCUUAAGAGGUUUACCGCGCGGACGAGCAACUCGAUAAACAUUCCAGUGACCGUCGAGCAACUGCCGAACCAAGACGUCUUCCGCGUCUCGAGCUUCCCGCAUAUUGCAGGCAUCAUUGUGGUCAACCCUGUAUCACUUCGUGUGAGCAGCUCCAACAACGUCUUCUCGGCUGCCCUGUUCGGUCAUCAGAAUCCGGAUGGAAUGCCUGUCAACGAGCUUAUACCCGGCUUCGACAAGAUCCUGCGGGUGAUGACGGACGAAGACCAGAUAGCUCUUGUCGAUGGAAUUGUGAUUCCGGAACACAGCUUCAGGAGAGCUCGGGCAUUGCUGGCGCUCAGAGAAGGCUCAGCGGAUGCGGCGGCGAUAUUCUUACGGCCCAGCGGCUUGCCUGCCAAGCACAGGGAUGGCGCCGAGAUCAUGAUUGAUGUGCAGAUGCGUGUGGUGCGCUCUGAUCGAGAUCCGAUCUAUAACGAGACGGUCAUCGAUGAGGAGUUGACGCCGCUGUCGAGUGGGGAGGUGGUGUUUGCGCUCUGGAUCACGUACAGCCGACAGCUUCACGCCGUGAAUCAUGGCGUUGGCCCGGUGACCCCAUUCAUCAGUCGGCCUAGCACGCCGCCGCAGCCGACGCCGGGUCCAACCGCCGACGACAGCAGUGAGAGCCCCAUGGUUGCGGAGCCGGAGUCAAUUGAGGAAGACACUCGCGCCGAUCUGCUCAACCAGCGACUCGAGGAAGCAAAAUCAAACGCGAACAACCAGAUGUCCAACACGACCGGUGGCGAAGGCGAGCCCUUCGAGCACCCAGCCCCUGACAUGAUCGCCGCCGGCUGCAAGGUGAUCAAAAAGAAGCGGAUCGACGACUUCACCAUCCUCGAGGAGAUGGGUCAGGGCGCGUACGGCCAGGUGAAACUCGCCCGCUACAAGAAAGCCGCGGCCAAGAAGAUGGUCAUCAAGUAUGUCACGAAGCGCCGCAUCUUGGUCGAUACCUGGCACCGUGACCGACGACUCGGCACCGUACCGUUGGAGAUCCACGUGCUCGACUACCUGCGGAGAGACGGGCUGCAGCACCCGAACAUCGUGGAGAUGGCCGACUUCUUCGAGGACGACAUCAACUACUACAUCGAAAUGGUACCACACGGCCUCCCCGGCAUGGAUCUCUUCGACUACAUCGAGCUGCGGGUGACGAUGGAGGAGCGCGAGUGUCGCAAGAUCUUCCGGCAGGUCGCCAAUGCGCUUCAUCAUCUGCACAUCACCGCCAAGGUCGUGCAUCGCGAUAUCAAGGAUGAGAAUGUGAUCCUUGAUGGCGAGGGACGGGUUAAGUUGGUGGACUUUGGCAGUGCGGCGUAUAUCAAGUCGGGGCCUUUCGAUGUCUUUGUCGGAACCAUUGACUACGCCGCCCCCGAAGUCCUCCGGGGCUCGCCCUACCGCGGCAAAGAACAAGACGUCUGGGCCCUCGGCAUCCUGCUGUACACCAUCGUGUACAAAGAAAACCCCUUCUACUCGAUCGACGAGAUCAUGGACCACGACCUCCGCGUGCCGUACGUCAUGAGCGACGAGAAUCUGGAUCUGAUCCGCAAGAUGCUGGAUCGCGAUGUGGAGCGCCGGAUUGGGAUUCAGGCUGUGUUGGAGCAUCCUUGGUGUACGUUUGUGGAUGAGGAGGAGGAGGGGAAGGAGGGUGGGAAGGAGGGGGAGGUUGGGAUUGAGGGGAAGGCGGAGGGGUGA